CCACACCUGAGUACGUACUGACACCCGUGUCUGUCUUGGUCUACUUAAUUUCGGGUGCUAUAAGAGGACAGACAGCGGUGUUUUUGUUGAGAAAUGGCUCGACAUUUCUGAUUAAAUAGCAGCAAUGAGCGGUUGGCAUGUUAAGAAAGACAACGUUCUGAUGAGCUAGCCUUUCUUUUGCAAGCAUCAAGUAUCGAUGUUUGGCAACAUUUUCUGAUACCAUCAUCCCUCAAAAGGCUAGCUAGCUAGACAUGCAUCAUAUUUGUUGAUCGAGGUGCGCACGUAGUGCUGGGAUAGCCAUGCACGCAUGUGGAAAACGAUUUCUUUUAUUAAUGCAGCAAAAAUGACCAAAGAGCGCUUGGUCGUUUGCAGGGAGCAUUAGCAGCUAGCAUGAGAGGGAAAAUCAGAGUGAAGCAACAAAUUACAAAACAAGAAGGAAGCAAAAGAAUGACCAAGACCCCUCCUGAAGAAAAGAGACAGCCUCAAGUCAAGCAGCAAAGGCAAGAGGAAUUAGCGUGGAGGUCAUCAACAGCUCAACAUUCAUCUUCCUGUCCUACCUCUUUAAUUAGCUUCUUCACUAUGUCACAUCCUAGCACUGAACUUAGUCUUGCCCUCUACAAUCCUGCCAAGGACUCUAUUUCGAACACAAGGUUCGAAGGUACUCUCCCUGUAGAUAACAAGAACAAAUGCAUACGUUCCUCUUUAUUCGUCAAGGUUUGCUUGGAUGGCAAUUUAAUGUGCAGAAAAUUAGAUCUCCUGGCACAUGAUGGCUACAGUUCUUUGAUUCCUACUCUUAGCCAUAUGUUUAAUACCACUACUCUAUACCCUGAAGCUGUUUGUAUUCGUGCACAAAGGCAUCAUCAUGUCCUAACAUAUAUAGAUAGGGAAGGAGAAUGGAUGAUGGCAAGAGAUGUCCCAUGGGAAUCACUUAACGUCGUUCUAUUCAGAUUGAUUUUAAAUGUUGAUGUACAGGAUGUUCUUGGCGUCAGUGAAGAAAUUGAUGAUUACAAGAACAUCCAGUGUAUUUCUGGGCAGCUCGAUUCAAAUUCAAGAUAG